AUGUUGUCAGGUGUGAAAUAUGUGGCUCAGAUUGUGCCCAGGGAGCUACAAGUGUUCUGUGUCAUCACCUCAGCUCGGUUCGUGGAGUCCGGAGUGAGAGGGAAGAGUUUGGUGGAAAGGGUCUUCAACGUUUUCCAGGCCGAGGACCCCCAAACUGAUGAAGAGAUGGAGCGGGGACCCCUACUUAUAUUAUUCCGGGAGAUUGUGUCUCAUUUGCGGCCGUCAGGGAGCCACUAUCAAUAUGCGGGAGACUGCAGGAACUUCCGGGAGAGUUGGGUUACACAGGUUCAUAUAUUCAUGUGCAAGCUGGUUUCAGUCUUCCUCCUCCUCCUGGCUCCAGCGUUGACCUGCUGCUUACCUCUCGUCCUCCCGCUGGACUGCAGUGACAUCCAUAACAAUGACAACAGCCAACUCAGUGGAGUGUACACCAUCUAUCCCAUCGGAGCCACGUCUGCUGUCCAGGUGUACUGUGACAUGGACUCAGAUGGAGGAGGCUGGACGGUGUUCCAGAGGAGGAUGGACGGCUCGGUGAACUUCUACAGGCCCUGGGAUCACUACAAGAAGGGCUUUGGUAGCGCUGCUGGAGAGUACUGGCUGGGCCUGGAGCGUCUCUUCCAUCUGACUCGGAGGAAAAAGGUCGAGCUGCUGGUCGACAUGGAGGACUUCAGUGGGAACAAAGUGUUUGCUCGUUACUCCUCGUUCUCCAUCGACCCAGAGUCCCACGGAUACAGACUGCAUGUGUCUGGAUUCACUGAUGGAGGAGCAGGAGACUCCCUGAGUUAUCACAACGGACAGAAGUUCUCCACCUUCGACAAAGACCAGGACCCCGUCAGCAGAAACUGUGCCAGACUGUACCUGGGGGCGUUCUGGUACGACAACUGUCACGAUUCAAACCCUAACGGGGUUUAUCGCUGGGGGGCUGAUGCCACUAUCGAUGCUGUUGGAGUGGAGUGGCACCGCUGGAAGGGUGUUAACUACUCCCUGAAGACCAUCAGCAUGAAGAUUCGUCCUGUGCAGUAAUUCUCCAGAACGAACAAACAGAAUAUCUGUUGAUCUCUUUCUUUCUUUCUCUCUGAUCUAAUCUGUAACCUCACAUAUAAAUCAAAUAAAGAUUUCCAGCAUCAAUAAAA